AUGGACACCACAUCGCCACUCUCCACCACCUCCACCUCUCCCCUCUCCUCCUACCGGAGCUCCAAGCGCUCUUCUCGCAUCGAGAAGCCGCGCAGCAUCCACAGCAGUCCCACCGGCCUCGAGAGACGGAAGACCACCUCGGCCGGGAAGCGCUAUGUCACGCUGGAGGACCGCUGGAACAUGAUGUUCGGCUCGGGCGACGAGGAGAUGCAAGACAGCAGCACUACGAGCGGAUUCUCGUCAUCGAACCGUCCCGUUAGCUGGCACCCGUCCUCCUCCAACUACUUCAACUCGAGUCCAGCCAAUGACCUCGAUGCUGGCUACGGUUUCCCGGAUGGGACGUCAGCAUACCCUAGUCCCGCUUCCGGCUACGCCUCAACCUCCGCACUGGCCUACCUCUCGGCCUUGGCACAACGCAAACGAGAGGCCUUUCCCCUUGCAACUCUCGACAACGACACCUCGAUGGACACCUCCCCCUUCCCGGACUACCAUGAGCCCUCUGCUCAAAUUACAUCAUUUCCGGAGAUGGCCUCUGUCGCAUCCCAGCAAGACUGGAUGUCUACCGACGCUCCCACCUCUCACCCCCAGACCCAGUCAGAAGACCAGGAAGCCGACGCCGACUGUAUGGAAGACGAGUCGCCCAAGGAGUCCGGCAACGUGCUCGUGGGCAUGGGCCUCUACGACCCACCCAGCUACGAGUCGAUGCUGACGUCAGGGCUGGGCAAAGGGCUCAAGCUCGAGGAGACGUGGCAGCCUCCCCCAGAGACUGAAGACGACGAUGCCGAGGACGACGACGACGACAGCUCGGAUGAGGAGAGCGUCGAGGAGGCGCCAGAGCCGCCCAAGGCGGUCGAAGAGGCGGAUGACAGGCAAUGCUGGACGCUGCAGGCAGCAGCGCAAGUAAUGCCGGCAGCAGAUCUCUCUGGCCAGAGCUUCCUGCUUGAGGACGAAGAAACGUACACGAAUGAAUGGUGGUACCAGCAGCUGAAGCGCCCCACGGCACCGGUUGCUGGGCUGGGAUACGGCUGGCUGCAAGCUCAGUAUUAG